CUAAUAAGCUAAGUUGACAGGAGUGCAUGUUACUAUACUUAAACAAAUAGCUCUGAAAAUCAACGAUAGCUUGCUUGUGUGUAGACUAGAAGCAACCCUCAUUAUUAGCUUAGCUUGCUUUUAGCCCGAGGAUAUCAUGUAGCCAGUUGUGGUUAGCUUUAUAGCGUGUCAGUUCGUUAAAGCCGUGUAAGUGGGGAUCACGGAUCAGCUGCAAGUUACUACAGCCUGUGCUGCAGUAGCACAAACUACAGGAAUGGCUGCCAUCUACUCAGGCAUCCAUCUGAAACUGAAGAGUCCCCAGACUGCAUGGGAGGACAAGCUAAAACUGGCACGUUUUGCCUGGAUCUCCACUCAGUGCCUGCUGCCCAACAAAGAACAGGUGCUGCUGGACUGGUGCACCCACGCUCUGACAGGAUGGUACAAUCAGAAGGUGGAGUUUUCUCAAAAUGUUUUGGAAGGACUGUGGGGUUACCUGGACGAUUUGCUUCACAGCAGGAAGCUCCGCUCUCUUCUCAAACAGGGCAAAACCAUCAGCCUGAGGCUCAACAUGGCACAGCUGCUGCUUGAGCGUCUCCAGGAGUUUGCAUGUGUUGGCCCCAAGACACCAGUGUGUGUGACCACCAUACUGAGUGUGUGUCAGGGCCUCCUAUCUUCACCUGCACUCUCAUCUGUCUUCACCACCAAGUAUGAACUCAUGGUUGAUCUCCUGGCUAAGCUCUGCUCUCUAGCCUGCCAUGUGCUACAACAGCCUUUGCUUAAAGAACCCAUAAUGGCUGAAUCUGGCACAUGUCAAGAUGAGGUGAUGACUGAGUGUCUUCAGGUUCAGCCUAAAAGCAAUUUGGACAGUUCCCCAACUGAAAGUCUUCCAGAUCAGCCAGAAUUGGAUACUAAUAAGUCCCCUUCCAAGCCAAAGGAAAACCUCUGGUCAGCUAAUUUAUUUGAUGUAUUGCUUCAGGUGCUGUCAUGUUAUUUGUCAGUUCAGCGACAGCAAGCCAACCCUAACAGAGUCUUUACUAUGGUAACCAACCAGCUGGUCCAGCCGUUAGUACUGCUCAGACACCUGCUGACCUCUGGGGUAUUUGGACCUUCUCACACACAUCUGUGUCUCCGUCAGCAGCUGUGCAGAGACAUCCGCAUCAAGAUAGACUCCAUCCUUCAGUUGUCUCUCUUUCCCUCUGAGCACCUGAGCUCCUACAAGGAGGAGCUCCUUCCAUCAAAAGAGGACUCUGGAAAACGUGGUCCUGGAGGGGCAAAAGGCCCCUUGAAGCCAGUCACUGCCAUACUUUCCAAACUGAGUGCUCAGGGCUACUGUGAGCCGACCCUUCACUACACUGUUAAGUCGACCACAUUGUCUCUGCUGUUUAAGUUCUUCCUGGAAAGCUACGGAAAAGGGAGAGGAGAAAGUGAGGAAGCACACAAGAUGUUGUGUUUCUAUUUCCUCACCAGAUUGGUCCUGGCCUUGGAUGUAGGUCUUGAUGGGCACUCACCCCCACCUGCCAAAGAAGACCAGCCAGUCUCUGCGUUCCCGGGGCAGAAGUGUUCCCCAGAGAGCUGGAGCCUGGCUCUGCUGGCUGUGGAGUCCCUGCUAAACCAGGCUCUUUCCGCUGGUAUUUACAAUGUGGCAGCAGACAGGAUCAGACAUGGAGAGGUCCAACUUAACUUUUACAGGUCCCUUGGACAAAUGUUCUUCAACCAGGCCCAGCCAAGUAUCCCAGCAUGGUACCGUUGUUUAAAGGUUCUGUUGAGCCUCAACCAUCUGAUUCUUGAACCAGACCUGGACCAGAUAUCAUCUUCAGCCUGGGUUAAUUCUGAAUGCAUGGAAGCACGUGUGCAACGGGCCAGACAGCUUAUGGUGUGCAGUCUCCUCCAGACCUACACUAAGCUCCGUCAGCUGCCUCGCCUCUUCUCAGAGCUCCUGUCUGUGAUCUGUCAGCCAGCCCUGGAUCACAUCCGACCUCCUCUGCUGUCUGAGGGCAUCUCCACCUCACUCAGGACUUGUCUCCUGGACACUCCUCCUUCACAGGUCCUAGAGAUCUGCUCACUGGUGUUGGAUAGUAUCAGGAAGCAUAUACUACCUGAUCUGGUGAAAGAGGAUAGUGGGGCAGAGAAGAUGGAGAUUGAUGGUGGAGGGGGUGAUAAGGGGACAAAUAAAGUAAUAAAUGUGGAUCAAGAGAGAGAUGAUGCAUCUCUGAAGCUAUUUUCCCUCAGCCAGCUCCUUCAUGUUGUUUUGUUUAGUCUCAAGACUCUAGACAACGCCUCUCCUCUUCCAGUUGUCAGGCAGAGUCAGGGUGUGAUGGAGGAAACGCAACAUGUAGUCAAGGAGUUACUACAUGUGUUGUCAACCGAAAAGAUGACUUUAAAAACAAUAAGUUCCGUUCCAAGGACCCCAAGAAAAGGCAAAAAGAAUUUUGACCACAAAGAGCCAGAGAAGGCCUCUGAGUCUAAAAUUGGAGCACUGUGGAAAGAGAAGACCCAGGAGGCAACUCUCCUCCUCCAAUACACCUGGGUGGAAGUUGACACGCUCUUCUGUAUCCACUGUAGCAAAUACACACCUCUUGACUCAACCCACUCAGUAGCUGCAAGUGACACUGAAGGCAAUGCUCCAGUCCUAACCAGUAUAGAAAGUCUUGUAUCUGGUAAGAUUUUUCCAGCAUGUCUACAACCAUCCUGCACCCCACUGAGCUGUUUGCUGCUCAAACUGCUCACUUUGCAACAGAUGAAGAAAGUGUUGUUAGAUACCCUUUUGUUUUCUGAACCCACCACUGUGACACUACUAAACAGGGCAGCUCAGUUUAUUUUCGCUAAAUCAGAGUUUGAGCUGAGUCUGGAUGCGGAGCAGGUGUGGGAUGGACAGAUAGGGAGUGUAAACGCCAGCUCCUACUUGGUUGCACACUGGUACCUCGUCACGUCCAAUUUGCCUUUGAUUGCUCCCUACCUCAACGGAGAAGAUGUGGGCUCCAUAGCAGAUGCACUUGUCAGUUCGCUCCUGAACAGGCAAACAGAAGGAGAAAAGGACUGGCCACCAGGCUGUCUGACUGCCUCUCUCAUAUCUUCACAGCUGCUCCAAAGCCCCGUACUUGCUGAGUUGCCUUCACUGUUUUCUGCCACAGUUCAGUCCCUCACACAACGGAUCAUUGGUGUCCUCAAGGCAGCACGUGUACACAGAGUUUGUCAUACACUUGCGAAGUUUCAGGAGAAAGGAAUUGGAGGAAACUCUUUAAAGAGAGAUGCCAGCCGGCCUUUGUACACCCUUGUGGAAAAAGAGACCAUAGCUGAGGAUAUUUUGGCAUCCUCAAAGACUGGAGAGAUGGUUGUACUGAUGACUGACGCACAGAGAAAGGAACUGCUAAACUUACUCCAAAUCGUAACACAGUUAAACCCAGAUGCGAUGAACUCAGAGGAUCUCUCCUCUGUUUUCCUCCUCCUCCUCUUCAUGCUCACUUCCACAUCGAGUCAGUUGGACCAGAUGGCUGGGGACCCUCCUGAAUCUGGACAGGAUGCCAUAUUUUUGGUAGAGCUGCUCAGGAUUCUCACUUUUCUGCUAGAGGGUAGAAACUUUCAAAGUGUUUUGAAGUUCAUCCAUGGCGGAACUCUGCUGCAGGCUGCCGUGUCUUCUCUCCUCUGGCAUAGUGACAAAGGAAGAUUUCAAGACACAUGCGGCCCUGAUUGGCUGGAUUUAAUCAAAGCAGUACAGGUCUUCAUUGGAUGCUUGGUCCAGUUGGUUAUAAUCAGAAACAGCAGCGUUCGACUCAACCUGGACCAGUUUGCCUCUUAUCUUACCAAUAAGGAAAUAGCGAGCAGACAAACUGCAGCAACCAGUUCAGCAGCCGUGUCAGGAAAAGGAGAUCCAGGAGCCUCCAUUUUGUCUGUUCAUCUACUGCUGGCAUCGCUGACCUCUUUCUCCCAGGCAAUGUCCUCUAACCUGGGAAGGAGUAAACCAAUGGAUCAAACUCUGACCCAAAUGCUCACAAGAACGACUGCUUCACUGGGGCCAGCUGUUGAGUCCCUACUGAAGCCAAAGGCUGUCAGUCAGUCAGGCGCCCAUCCAGCCAGCAUCCUCGGCCAAGCCUUUGUAGUAGAAGUUGUCACAAACAUGUUGCGCUGUGAACUUGCCUCACUGUCAGUGGAAGAAGAGAACAAGCAGAAUGACAUCAAACUGUAUCAUAUGACCCUCUAUCAGGGCUUCUGCCAGCAGAUCCUCAAAGAAGUAACUUCUGCCCAAAGGCCCAUGGACUUCCUGGUUUCCUCUCUCCAUUUCCUGUCUGCUUUCUACAAAGCAGUGAAGAAGAUGGGAGGGGAGACGGAGGAGGAGCAGUCAGAGGAGAUGAAGGAAAAGGCGUUGGAUGAGUUGUACAUGCAGAUACUGCAGAAUGUGCACAGACUGCUGACAGCAUCUUGGCUGUCUUCAAAUGAUGUCGGUGAGCUCGAGCCAGUUGUGCAGGAGCUGUUGCGCCACCUGGUGGAGAACAGUUCUUCAGGUCAAUUCAACCUGCUGCUGAUGAUGAUCAGAGAGGGACUGGAUACUAGCCAGCUGAGGGCAGGAAACCACAGGGAAGCGCUAUCUGCAGUAAUCAUCGUUAAGCUGCUGUCCUGUUGUCAGUUACCUGAGCCCUGCUCUAAAGCUCUGUGGCUCUUUGCGCCACAGAUUAUAUCUGCUAUGGUGUUCUUGGUACGAUCAUCCAGCCAGGACGUCUCCCUCACCCUCCCCUUUAUCAUUCCCACGGUGAUGUCAGUGACAUCACUGCUGCGCCAGGGGGAGGGGCUCAUCACAAACCCUCACCAUGUGAACUUGGUCCUUGGAGCGCUCCAGUCUGUGCCGCUCGACCACUUGACCCCACCCGUCUACCAAUCAGCAUUCCUGGCUGUUCAUGAGGCGUUGUUUGCCAUCGUCCAGUGUCAUCCCCAGGUGAUGUUGAAAGCAGCCCCCUCAUUCUUAAACGUCUUCCAUCGUCUGGUGGCAUCCAUCAUGCAGGAAGGUCGGCAGAAGGGAGAUGGCGACACAGGUCCAGGCAGUGAUGUUUAUCUCCAGUGCUCCAGACUGAUAGAGAGGAUGUACUCGCACAUUGCUGCUACAGCUGAGAGCUUCACCACCCUCUCGGCAUUCAUGGUGGCUCAGUAUGUUACAGAGUUGCAGAAGGUUACUCUGCGGCCAGACAUUAAGCUGCACUUAACAGAGGGGAUCUAUCUGAUUCUGGACCUGUGUAUGGAGCAAGAUAUCAAGUUUCUGACGAGCGGGCUACAGACGGGAGUCAGAGAGGUGUUCAAUGAGCUGUACGGCAGCUACACCCACUACCACAAAGCACAGAGGCAAGGAGAAGACAAGUACACAGUUUGACCUGUCUCAAGAGGCAACGUCAACCUGUGCUUUAGUUUUCAGUUUAAUUCAGUUUGACUGAGUUUUAAAGAUUGUUUUUAUGUCAUUUCUGCCUUUGAAUGUGAUUUCAGACAUUGGCUUUGGAUAUCAUAUAAUGUAUGCUGAUUGUAAACACAGUUGUCACUGAGGAAGCUCAGAGGAUUUUUUUCUCCUCAGACACAGUUUUUGUUCAAAAUAAGAACCUGGACGAGUUUUACUGCUUUGAAUUCUGAACCUAAACACAAUGCAAUAAUCAAAAUGCAGAUUCUCUAAGGGAAACAGCUGCACUGCAGCAAGCCAUCUUACCUUUUUAAAUAUUUAAGUAUGUGGAUCAAGCUUGAAAUAGGCAAGAGGCAUACAAGGAUUGCUCCAAAAUGGCCUGAGGUGUGUUAUGAUCAGACAAACAGGCAUUUGCAAUUACAAAAGAGUUGAGAAAUACAAAGCUACAUGGCUCUCUUUGGUUUCGCCUUGUACUGUAAAUAUACAGCUUCACUCGCUCACUGCAUCCUAAUGAUGUGUAAAAUGUAUAUUUUUAUUUUAAACUAACUGAUUUCACUGAGAUAUGGUCAUGAAUUCACCAAACUGGUGAAGAAAAUAAGGAUGUUUGUGUCAAUUACCUUUUCUAUAUUUCUGUAUUGUUCUUUUUACCAAAAGGUAACAGAUAAAUUUAAAUACAAACCAA